UUCUGGAAAGAAAACAUAUCUUAAGAUUGAACAGAAAAACUAUUAUGAAAGACACCAAGCUCACAUUUGUUAAAUGACUUUGUGCUCUUGAAAAGAAAUGUAUAAAAAGCACAUUGCCAACUGCUCUGCGUGAUAUCCUUUGUUUAGAUUUUAGACGCUGCUUGACUGACACAGAGAUCCUGAAUAAGAGACUCUUUGGAUACUGAAAAGUCUUUUAAAGAAGGUGAUAUACAGAUUUCAGAGAACAAUUUCAACCUUGUUCUAUUGAAGGUUAUACUCAGUCCUGAACCACAUUACUUUCCUGUCUACGUUUCAUUUCCUGGGGGCUUGCCAAGUGAUAAACAGACCCAGGCGUGUGUGGUAGAUUUGGGUUUUUUUAGCACGAAGUGGGUGGCUGGGGUUUGCUUGAAAACAUCAAUUGACUUAGUGAUCAUUAUGGAAAUGCUGGUGUAAGGUGUUCAGAAGACAAUGGAGAAAAAAUGGAAAUACUGUGCUGUCUAUUACAUCAUCCAGAUACAUUUCGUCAAGGGAGUUUGGGGAAAACCAGUCAACACAGAAGAAAACAUUUAUGCUACACUUGGCUCUGAUGUCAACCUGACCUGCCAAACACAGGCGAAAGGCUUCUUGGUGCAGAUGCAAUGGUCCAAGGUCACCGAUAAGGCAGACCUGAUUGCUCUUUAUCAUCCCCAAUACGGCUUCCACUGUGCCUAUGGGAGUCCCUGUGAGUCACUGGUGACCUUCACACAAACUCCUGAGAAUGGGUCAAAAUGGACUCUGCACUUAAGGAAUAUGUCUUCUUCCGUCAGUGGAAGGUACGAGUGUAUGCUUACUCUGUAUCCAGAGGGCAUGCAGACUAAAAUCUACAACCUUCUCAUUCAGACACACGUUACACCAGAUGAGUGGAAAAGCAACCAUACAAUAGAAAUAGAGAUAAAUCAGACUCUGGAAAUACCAUGCUUUCGAAAUAGCUCCUCAGAAAUUUCAUCUGAGUUCACCUAUGCAUGGUUGGUGGAGGAUAAUGGAACUCAGCAAACACUUAUCUCCCAAGAUCACCUCAUCAGCAGUUCCACAUUACUUAAAGAUAGAGUCAAGGUUGGUACAGACUACAGACUCCACCUCUCUCCAGUCCAAAUCUUCGAUGAUGGGCGGAAGUUCUCUUGCCACAUUAGAGUCGGUCCUGACAAAAUCUUGAGGAGCUCCACCACAAUCAAGGUUUUUGCUAAACCGGAAAUCCCCAUGAUUGUGGAAAAUAACUCCACGGAUGUCUUGGUAGAGAGAACAUUUACCUGCUUACUAAAGAAUGUAUUCCCCAAAGCAAAUAUCAUAUGGUUUAUAGAUGGAAGUUUUCUUCAUGAUGAAAAAGAAGGAAUAUAUAUUACUAAUGAAGAGAGAAAAGGCAAAGAUGGAUUUCUGGAACUGAAGUCUGUUUUAACAAGGGUACAUAGUGAUAAACCAGCCCAAUCAGACAACUUGACCAUUUGGUGUAUGGCUCUGUCUCCAGUCCCAGGAAAUAAAGUGUGGAAUAUCUCAUCAGAAAAGAUCACCUUUCUCUUAGGUUCUGAAAUGUCCACAACAGACCCUCCACCGAGUGUUACAGAAUCCACCCUUGACACCCAACCUUCUCCAGCCAGCAGUGUAUCUCCUACAAGAUAUCCAGCUACGUCUUCAGUGACCCUUGCAGAUGUGAGUGCCUUGAGGCCAAACACUACUCCUCAACCCAGCAGUUCCAGUGUGACUACCCGAGACUUCAACUACCCCUGGACCUCCAGUGGGACAGAUGCCAAAAAAUCAUUUUCACAGAUACCCAGUGAAACAUACAGUUCAUCCCCCUCGGGCGCAGGCUCAACACUUCAUGACAAUGUCUUUACCAGCACAACCAGAGCAUUUUCAGAAGUCCCCACAACUGCCAAUGGAUCUACGAAAACUAAUCACGUCCAUAUCACUGGUAUUGUGGUCAGUAAGCCCAAAGAUGGAAUGUCCUGGCCAGUGAUUGUAGCAGCUUUACUCUUUUGCUGCAUGAUAUUGUUUGGUCUUGGAGUGAGAAAAUGGUGUCAAUACCAAAAAGAAAUCAUGGAAAGACCUCCACCUUUCAAGCCACCACCCCCUCCUAUCAAGUACACUUGCAUUCAAGAGCCCAACGAAAGUGAUCCGCCUUAUCAUGAGAUGGAGACCCUCUAGUCUCGUGAGACUUUGCCCCAUGGCAGAACUCUGCUGGAAUCCUAUUGAGAAGGUAGACAUUGUGCUUUAUUAAUAUCGUCGCUCUUCAGCCACGCCUUUGCUGCAGCUGAAAUGGAAUUCAGAAGUGAGUGACCUGUUUUCCCAGCAACUCACCCCGCUUCAUCUCCAAAUGCCUGAAGCUUAACCAAGAGUGAGAGGAUAUGUCAUGUUCACACUCAGUGCAAUUUGUAGUGGUUUUCUUGCUUAUGUAAGAAGUACACAUUAGUCUGCCAUCAUUAAAAAAAUAUGGUAUUUUCACUUAAAUUCUCUGAGGGAGGGACAGCAAUGGUUUCAAGUGUAUGCCUAUGCCUGAUCCUCUUAUUUGAACAUCUAUCAACAUUGUAAACUCCUUGCCAAAAUCCUGGGCCUUUGUUGCAUUCCCUAAGAUGAUAAUUACAGGAAAAAGAAAAUGUAAAAGUUCUAACGAGGCUGCCAAGUAAUGGAGAAGUAUGGUUAGUCUUCAUAUUGAAAUUCUGUUGUUUAUUUUCAUGGACAGAAAACAGAAUAUUUUGCACAGGAACCAUAUUUUCAAUCCUCCUUCACUGUCUUCCCACCAUGUUCAGCCCAGACUCCUGCCACGUGGACCCGGAUGAAGAGGGAUCAAAGAGAUAACUAGCCAACAACCAAGUAGCACGGAAGAUAUAAAACUCCACUGGCCUCUAAAAUUAUAUUAGCCAAGAGUGGUUUCAUCUGAGUGCCUUCGUGUGUACGUCCAUCAAACUGGUACCAAACUGUUUUGUAAAUAAACAGGCAGCCUACGUCCAACGCUACUCAUCUAAUUCCUGUUUUUCUCUUUUUCAUCUGGGGACUUUCCUGUUCGUUUAACCUGCCUGUUUUGAUCUGUUUUGAAAAAGAGAAAGAGCCUCAAAUCAGAUCAGCACUGAUUAAUUAACCCUGCUCCUACCAAUCUUUUACAGAACAGUUGAAGCAGAAUUUGCAGGUGUCAGAGAAGAAACCUAGUCAGCCAGACGUGUUCUGUAUUCAGCAACAGUUUGUGAGGGAAUAAAUGACUAAUCCUUCUCGUCUCUUGAAACCUUCCCACACUCCCUGCUCCAGGAGGGAAAAACAGAUGUUGUUGACAGAUAGUGAUAGGCAAAUUCUGUGUGGACUUUAGUCUCAAAAGGAAAGUUCAGUUCACUUGCAGUAUGCUUAUCCCUGACUGCACAUGAGAAUACCUUGUGCAGAGUUAUUUGGAGAUUAUGUCUUUUUCUUAAAUACCAUGGCUGUCACACUUCAGUUUAAUUAAAUCAGAAUGUCUGAGGAGUGAGGCACAGGCAUCAGCACUCUCAGAUGAUUCACAUAUUCAGCAAAGUUGAGAACCAUCGAGCCAGUGGAAGUUCUUUCUCAUCACUCAGAAUCUUAGGUAGAUGCUUAACUCUUGUGGUGGCCAGCCACCAAGAUGAGCCCCAAUGUUUGUGCCUCCUACUAUUCACACCCUUAUACUGUUCCCUCCGAUGCUGAAUACAGAUGAUUUGUGUAACCUGGGGCCAGGAUUAAGGUGAGGCAAUCAAUGUAUCUAGGGAAAAAAAUUUAAGGAGGUAUUCACACUCAAGGUAGUGCACUUGCACAAUGUUGAGAUGGAGUACCAGUCUCAUCCUUGGUAUAGCCAAAAAAGCUUAGAAAUGACCAAGGCUAGGUCACAAAAUACACUGUGGCUUCCACUUUGAACUCUCUUUGACCCCUGACACUGGGAAAAGUCCAUUCCCAUGCCACGAAGACACCCAGGCAACCCUAUGGAGAAAUCUACCUGUCAAGGAACUGAGGUAUUUUGCUAAUAAGCACCAACUUGCCAGCCAUGUAAGGGAGCCAUCUUGGAAGCAGAUUCUCCAGCCUCCAGUCAAGUCUUUAGAUAAUUGCAACUUCAGUUGAUCUUUUGACCAAGACCUAAAGAGAGCCAGAACUACCUAGCUAAGCCUUUUUCUAAACUUCUGAACUUCUAACACUAUAAAAUAGUAAGUGCUUAUUGUUUAACACGAUUAAUUUUGAGUGUAAUUUGUUACAUGGCAAUAGAUUACUGAAAUACAGCUCAACAACUAGAAAAAUAAAUGGUUUACCUGCCUUAAUUAUUUAUCUAUAAUUCCUUAUUAGUUCUCAAGAAACACAUGCUAGCUUCAUAUGUAUGGCUGUUGCUUUGCUUCAUGUGUAUAGUUAUUUGUAUUUAAUGCGACUUAAUCAUCAGUAAUUUGUGUACAAAGCAUUAUGGCUUUAUUUUACUGUUUUACUAGAACAUGUGAAUAUAAGUAGAAAGUGGGGGUAGAGAGUGGCAGAGUUGGAGGUAUUUGGAUUGUUUCACUAAAGGGAGAGACAGUUUUACAGUAUAACAUAAAUCCAUGUAAUUUAUCAAUCUAUCACAUGACAGGUGUCUCACUGUGUUUUUAUAUUAGCUCUUCUUUGAAGUACACUCUUUUAGUCUCAUAAUUAAGUUCCAGCCAGCAUUUGCACAUUCAUUACCACUUGAAUAGAGUGAGCAGUUGCUUACAAAUGGAGGGAUCUUCAGUGAGUAGUUCAGAGGAACUUUUCACAAACCUGCAAAUUGGAGGGGCUCCAGUUGCCUUUUAGGUAGUGCUGUGAGCUUGACCACCCUUAUUUGACUAAAAUGACAGUUUCAUUUGAACCCUAAAUUGUGUGCAAGUAAAUUCACAGAGUGUCUCAACCAGCAACUCCUGUCGCUAGAAGUGAAUUUAGCUCUGUCUCAUAGGAGAAAUAGGAAUACUAGACUCUAAUCCCUAAAGUUUCAUUUUCACUUAGAAAAAGCCAUAUGUAAACAUGUUUGUCACUCAUUUCCAAAGCACUAUGUGUUAGUUAACAUUGUUAUGCAUAUAUUCAUUUCCUUACCCACCUGCACCAGGAGCACACCUCAACUUGACAAUGUGAUUUGUGAUUUGUUUUGCAAUGGAGUAUCAUGGGCAUGACUAACCCACGGUUUGAAAAGUACUUCUAUGAUUGGUUUCACUCUCUUCUUUUCUACCAUCACCAUGAGAAGAUCAUUUUCAGACUAGCCUACUAGUGCCAAGAAGAAAAAGAAAGGCUCAUGGAGCAGAACCACCCAAGGCUGGGCCAGUCUAGAUCAGCAAAACCCACAGCCUACCUCAACAGGCACAUCAGUUAAAUACUGUUGCAUGCCACUGAAAUUGUGUGAUUAUUACACAACAUUGUAGCAAUAGUUAACCUACACAUAUAGAUCCAGAGGUAGGCAUAUUUUAGCUCAUAUGUAAGUGCCUAAUGCAUGCUUUAAAAAAAAAAAAAGAGUAUUUUCUAUUUUCUUUGGUUCAACAUGAGUUUUGUUUUAACAGGAAGAUAUGGUUGACUUCACCAAAAUAACUUUUUAAAAAUCAUAGAACAUUUGACCAGGAUGGGUAUUAGAGGUCAUUUUACAAAUAAUGAGUUAAGGGUUCUGUGAAAUUGACUUGUCCAAGGUCACACAAUUAGAAAUGGUAAAACCAAAAUGAUGACCCAGCUCUCUGAU